UUUUUAAAAAUGAAUAAUUUAACAUGGUUUAUUUUGAUACUAUCUUCGAUUAAAAUUUUUGCCGAUGAAUUGAAUACAUCAGAGACAAUUGUUGUACCUGAAGUGCAUACAUUUAGAAUAGCUAGUUCAAGAUAUAAGUCUGAAUCACCGGAAGUGGAUGCUGAAUCAAAUAAUAAUGAUAAUAAUAAUAAUAAUGAGGAUAACAUUCAUUGGAACACAUUAGCCGAAAAUUUGGAUUUUUAUAAUACUAAACAACUUGUUAAAAAUUGGAGAGAAAAUGAAUAUCCGGUAAAUACUCAAUGUGCUAAGGAUAUUACACGAUUUGUCGAAGGAAUUAAAAAUCAAGAAAUUUGGGCUCUUAAAGCUGACGACGCGUCUGGAAGAUUCACAAAUGGUUUUUUCUGGGGAAAUUCUUACUUUAUAGGAUCGGCAACUGAGUGUGCUUACAUAGGGUACAAUUACACCAAAGGAAAUGAUAAGUUUGCAUCAUCGGCAAGUCAACCAUCGGAACCAAAGAAAAAAGUUAACGCUGGAUUUUCUGGAAGUCAAUUAUUUUCUAAUGCUGUUCCUGACAACCCACCCUACAAACUUGGAUUUUUUACAUUGACGAUUUUGUUAAAUAAUACUGUUAUAACUCCAGUCUCUAGAUCUAUUCAAUUGGGCGUUUGCCUCCCAUUCUCUUGCACAUCCGAAGAUAUUUUUAUAAUCACAAAAUUAGCCGCUAAUCAAGAUGCCAAAAAACAUUUUUCCAUCGAAAAAGUUCGUGACCAACAUCAUCAAUAUGACAUAUACUCGGACAAUGUUUUCUGGACUCUCGUAGGAAGUAGUGUAAUUGUUGUUAUUUUAAUGAUUAUUGGUACGAUAUUGGAUUAUUACAUCACAUUUACAACCACAAGACAGCAGGAAACUACCAUUUACGAUCUUGAGAAACAUGCUCAGUUGAGACGUAGCAUUAAAUUACAUCAAGAAUUAUCAAACGAUGGUUUGGAUUCAGCAACGACAACAUCAACAAAUAGUUGCAGUAGUAACGAUAAUAACAACAACAAUGAAGUGGAUGACGAAGAAGAGACCGAAGAAAUAAAAAAUAAAAUGAAAAAUCAUAAUCCGCGAAAUAAAAUUCCAUCGUCAAUUUCAUCUGGCAGCGAUGAUGAAUUGAGUGUGAUAAAAGAAUUAUUACUUUCGUUUUCAGUACGGGAAAAUAUGAAAACAAUUUGUGAUUCGUCUGUCGGUAGAGAUACCAUCAGUACUAUUCAUGGUUUAAGAGCAAUCUCAAUGGCCUGGGUUAUCUUGGGACACACGUGCAUCGUAAUAUUCAAGUACUCAGAUAAUAUGGAGUACCGUAAAGUUGUUGAAAAAAAUUUUCUCUUUCAAACAAUAACCAGCGGUGCAUUUAGCGUAGACACUUUCUUCUUCAUGGGUGGUUUACUUGUAGCUUAUUUAUUUUUUCGUACAAACGCGAUGGGUGAUCUCAAUAAAUUGACACAGGGAACUCAUGGUUUUGUUGCCGGUCUAUUGAAAUUUAUUGGCUUGUUGUUGUAUCGUUUUUGUCGUCUUACGACACCCUAUAUGUUUAUUUUGGGCGUUGUUCAAGUUACCAUGAAGUGGUUUCAUGCUAAUUCUGUAUUCGAGCCACCGACUGCUGACCAUGAAAACUGUCCCAACUAUUGGUGGAGAAAUUUACUGUACAUUAAUACACUUUUCCCAGUUGAUCAGAUGUGCAUGCUAUGGAGUUGGUAUGUUGCUGAUGACACACAAUUUUACGUAAUUGGCGCAGUGAUCCUGGUAAUUGCAACCAAUCACAUCAAAGUAGCAACUCUGUUUGUUGUUGCAUUACUUGUAAGUUCAUGGCUCACUACGGGAUACAUUGCACUUAUUAAUAACCAUAUGCCAAGUAUAGAUGACCCGCUGGCGCUAUUUGAUAAAAUUUACGACAAACCUUGGACACGAAUGGGCCCAUAUUUAAUUGGAAUGUCUGUUGGUUACAUUCUUUUUAAGACUGAUUGUAAAAUCAAGAUGUCUAAGGCUACGGUAGUAGUUGGCUGGCUUCUUUCAAUAGCUUGCCUUUUAAGUUUAAUUUAUGGUCUAUAUGAAGCUGAGCUAUCACCAGUUACUGCGGCUGCUUAUUCAUCUUUGAGCCACAGUGCUUGGGCUCUUGGUUUAUCUUGGAUUAUUAUCGCCUGUAGUACCGGAUACGGUGGAUGGAUAAAUGAAAUUUUAUCAGCGCCUAUACUCUAUCCAUUUAGUAGAGUAACAUAUUGUGCGUAUUUAGUUCAUCCGAUUAUUAUUCGAGUAUCUGCGAUGCAUUUAGAUUUACCUUUUCAUCUUGGCAAAGAUACUGUUGUGAUAUAUUUCAUCGGACAAUUAGUGCUGUCUUAUUUCAUUUCAUUUAUAGUUUCAUUAUGUUUUGAAGCUCCAGUUGUCAGUAUGUUAAAAAUUCUUUCACCCAAGAAAAAGAAAAGGAUUUUCUAAUAAUUAAAAAAAAAUUAAAUGUAAUAGAAGACAAUACACUAAUUAGCUCAUAAUUAUACUGAUAGACUUAAACAUACUUUUAAAAACCGCUUAGAAAAAUUUACCACAAUUACUCCUAAUUCAUUUUUAUUUAAGGUAAAAU